AUGCCUCCCCAAAUCAUCCACCUGCCUGACGGCCAAAAGUUUACAGUCACACCAGUCUUUGCCGGCCUCUUCUUCAAAUCUCAUGAUCUCAACAUUCACAAGAACCCUUUUCCUAUCGGCUGGACCAUUGUGCUAAACACCGAAGACGACGAUACCGAGCCCUUCGGAGAUGGCGUCAAUGGCGUCGAUGGUGACCUGGAGAGCGAUGAAGAGCGCGCCCGCGCCCAUACCCGCCGGCAUAUACACAGCUUCAAGCAACCUACUCUUCAAAACGAUAACCUCUUCAUCUCGUCCAUCUCACAGCCCUCGAGCUCCGAGUUUAAGCCCGCCGCAAGCCCGACGCGCCAGAUCGCCAUGAUGCUCUGGGUUACCCUCUACUGGUACUUCCACCAGCCCAGGCCCUCGCCUUAUCUUGUCACCGACGCAUCGCGACUCACUCCCGAGGAGGCCCGGCCGAAAGGCGAGUGGCGUAUCAAUAUCAAGCGCGACGGCGUGCUGCGCGGGAGGAACCUGAUACCGAAGCUGGCACGGAUGGGCCUGAUUGCUUCGCUGGACUCGGCUGUAGGCACGAGGCUUGAGGAUAACGGGGAGGAGUGGUCGCAGAUGUUUGUCUCGCGCCAGAUGUUCUGGCAGAUUCCUGGCCGCUUGUUCUUAUUUACCUUACAGCGAACUGGUGGUAGCGCCGGAUCGUUCCCUGACUCUCCGUCAGGAAGUAGACCAACUUCGCCCGCUCGCGCCGACUCCAUAAACUCCCGCCACCACACUCCAAUACACUCCCCUCACCCUUCGACGGGAAGUCGCUUUGACACAGACCUCCCUGGCGGACCGCCUCCAAUGACAAUGGUCACCCUGCCCAGCUUUCCCAUCGGUCCGUUCUACUCCAGCUCGCACCUUCCGACCUAUUAUCCACCUGCGCCCCUGAUGUACACGGUUACGAAUGGUGUUCGGCACCCAAUCCGCCCAAAGCCAGCGCGCAUGGGUGAGGUCUUUUACUCCCGCUAUAUACCAAGCGUCGGCCAAUAUCUGUCCUUCCGCGUCGCCUCACUUGCACCGACACCCGUGCCCUAUAUGGGACCAGUAGGCCCUAAGCCGGCCGAAAACACCCAUUUAUCAAACCUAUCCGAUACUGCUCUGUUGCAAAAGUGGCUUGCGAAUCCCCGGGUUCAGCAGUUCUGGGGUGACUACACGCCGAACUUCCUCCCCGAUGCUCUCAAUGCUCGACAUUCGUUCCCGGUGAUUGGUAUGUGGGACGGGGUGCCGUUUGGCUACUUUGAGAUAUACUGGGUCAAGGAGGACAUCCUGGGUCAGAAGCUUGGCAAUGAUGCCGACAACUGGGACCGCGGAAUCCACCUCUUCAUCGGCGAGGAGUGGGCCCGGGGCCGGGUGCCGGCGUGGCUAUCCAGCAUUGUUCACUGGUGUCUGACCGACGACUACCGUACGAUGCAUAUUUGCUUAGAGCCGCGAGUAGACAACGCGAGGGUUCCACCAGCACUUACAAAGUGCGGGCUUCGCCAAGGAGCGGGAGAUCGCCUUCCCUCACAAACAGUCUUAUUUCAUGCGGAUGAACAGAGACGCGUGGGACGGGCCAGCUUUGUGAUGAAUUUGAUACUUGAUUUUAACACGUUUACUGAAAAGGUGGCUGCCACUUGA